AUGGAGAAGAAAGAUUCUACAGACAUUUCCAACCCUAAGGAUACUAGCGCUGGCGAUGUUUCACCCUACCGAGAAACACAGCGCGGUCUGUCAUCCAGACAUGUGCAAUUAAUGGCCAUCGGAGGCUCAAUUGGUACUGGACUUUUUGUUGGUAUUGGAUCCUACCUGCGGGAUGCCGGUCCGCUGUCACUGUUCCUUGGAUAUCUUAUUUGGGGAUGUCUCUUUAUUCUACCUGUCAAUCUAUGUGUUGGUGAAAUGGCUGCAUACCUUCCUAUUCGUGGAUCGAUCUUUGAGCUCGCUGCCCGGUUUAUUGACCCGGCGUUUGGGUUUGCUAUGGGCUGGGUAUAUUUCUAUGGUGGUGUAAUGCUAGUCUGUACAGAGUACUCUGCAGUCUCGACAAUCAUGCAAUACUGGAACACAAGCGUCAAUCCCGCCGUGUGGGUAGCCAUGGCACUGGUUGUUUGCACAAUGCUCAACCUUGUCUCUGUGAAAUGGUACGGCGAGAGCGAGUUUGUCCUAGCCUCCACCAAGAUCCUUCUCCUCAUUGGACUCGUCCUCCUCACUUUCAUCACAAUGGUCGGAGGAAACCCCAAGCACGAUGUCUAUGGUUUCCGGAACUGGACCGAGGGUGUCAUGUUUGAGUAUUACACCGAGGGCAACACAGGCCGAUUCUUGGGCUUUUUCUCCGUCAUGGUCUACGCAGCCUUCUCCGUAGCUGGACCCGAUCUCCCAGCCCUAGCCGCAGGAGAGAUCCAGAAUCCACGGGUGACCAUCCCCCGAGUUGUGAAGAUGACUUUCUGGCGUAUUGUUGGAUUCUAUGUCGUCGGAGUCCUGGCUGUAGGCGUCAUCUGCAGUCCCCGCGACCCACGUCUUAUUUCCGCGAUUGCUGACGGUGCUGCUGGCUCCGCUGCUUCACCCUGGGUUAUCGGAAUCCAGAACCUCGGUAUCAGAGGUCUGCCUGAUCUGAUCAACUUCCUGAUUCUGCUCUCGGGAUGGUCUUGUGGAAAUGCCUACCUUUACAGUUCCAGCCGUACACUCUACUCCCUCGCCCGCGAUGGUCAAGCCCCGAAGUUCCUUUUGAAAUGUACUGAAUCCGGCAUCCCCGUUUACUGUGUCCUCACAGUAUCUGCUCUGACUUGCAUUACCUUCCUCGUGGCCAGUACCUCUUCUGUCGAGGUUUUCUUCUGGUUCGUCGAUCUAACAACCCUCGCCUUGGUACUCACCUACACGGGCAUGGUCUGCGUCUUCAUGGCCUGGUACCGCGCUAUGAAAGCGCAAGGAAUCGACCGCAAAACCUUCGUUCCAUGGGCUGCGCCCUGGCAGCCAUACGGCGCUAUUCUUGCUAUCACUAUUGGGUGCUUGACUGCUAUCUUCAAUGGCUUCUCUGUUUUCAAGCCGUUCAGUGUGCAAGGCUUCAUCACCUCGUAUUUCGGUCUCGCGUUCUGGGUUGUUAUGUUUGUCUUCUGGAAGGUUUAUCAUCGGACUUCCUUUGUGAACGUUGCAGAGGCGGAUUUGCACUCUGGGAAGGCGGAGAUCGAUGAAGAGUGCAAGUUCUGGGAAGAAGGUGGCUGGGCGGAACGCCGGAAGGAGGAGCUGGCUCAAAUGCAUUGGGUCCGGCGAGGAUGGGAGAAAAUGUGGUGA